CAACCAGAGAAAAAAAACAAUUAGUUCAUUUCCAAGGUCUCUUUCUCCCCGAAGCAAAUUAAGAGUAAGCUUAUAACCCUCAAAUAGUGUCCAUGAACGAGCUUUUAAGGACCAGCCUUUAAAUGUUAAUUUUACACUAAUCCCUUUUCGCCAUUUUUCUCUGCAUUUUAAUUAAUAUUUACAAGGGAGGUUUCCUCUGCUGUUUGGCGGGUAGGGGGCUCAAUUUACGCGGUGGACCGCUGAAGUCCACCUGCUGCUGCUAACAGCAUAUCAACCAUUUACUUGGGUAAGAGCAGGUUCCGAGUUCGAAUCUCAGGGAGAAACGCGCGUUUUUCCCAUUCCAAUGGCCAAGAGUGAUGACUCUUCCGAUGACUCCAAGAGCAAAGAGGAAGUCAAUUGCAUGGCAGAGAGACUAAGAAUUAGGUCAGGAAAGAAGCCAUCUUACAAUGAAGCAGAUGAAAUGGAAGAUGAUGCAGAUUGGAAAGAACAAGAAGAAGCAAUGGGACACGAUACAAAGCAGCCCACAAAAAUAAUUAGAUCGGAUGCUAGUGAUGAUUCUUGCUAUGCCUGUGGAGGCAGUGGAAAGCUUCUCUGCUGUGAUACAUGCACUGCUGUGUACCAUCUUAAGUGUUUGACUCCACCUCUGAAACUUGUGCCUCGUGGAAAUUGGAGCUGCCCUCAGUGUGUCAAUCCCCUUCAGGAACUUGAUAAAAUAUUAGAUUGUCAAAUGAGACCUGUAAAUGAUGGCAAUGAUGAAGGGGAGUCUUCAACUAAAAAAUUAGUCAAGCAAUAUUUAGUAAAGUGGAAGUCAAUGUCUUAUCUUCACUGCUCAUGGGUUCCCUAUGAGGAGUUUCAGAAAUCUUUCAAGGAAAUUCCACGCAUCAAGACAAGGAUGAAUAAUUUUAAUCGGCAAAUGGAUUCUAUGAAAUUUUCAGAAGAUGAUUGGGUUCCAAUUCGGCCUGAGUGGACAACUGUGGAUAGAAUCAUUAGUAGCAGACUUACUGGUGAAUUGCGGGAAUAUUUGGUCAAAUGGAAAGAGCUUCAAUAUGAUGAAUGUACAUGGGAAGUUGAGGAAGAUAUUUCUGCUUUUCGUGCUGAAAUUGAAAGGUUCAAUUCAAUAAAGGCUAGAGGACAAGUCAAAAUGGCUCGAAAACGGAAGGGUUCAGCUUCAGAUGGAAAAGAAGCAAAGCGUCGUCGAAAAGAUUUCGAACAGUAUGAUCAAACUCCAGAUUUUCUCACAGGAGGUACAUUACACCCAUAUCAGCUUGAGGGAUUAAAUUUUUUACGGUUUGCAUGGCUCAAGGAGACACAUGUUAUUCUUGCAGAUGAAAUGGGACUUGGCAAAACUGUACAGAGCAUCUCGUUUUUGGCAUCUCUCAUUGAAGAGGAUGUGACUUAUCCUCAUUUGGUUGUGGCACCUCUUUCUACAUUGCGAAACUGGGAGCGUGAAUUUGCAACCUGGGCUCCACAAAUGAAUGUUGUGAUGUAUGUGGGGUCUGCUCCAGCUCGUAGUAUGAUCAGACAGUAUGAAUUUUAUCAUUCUAAGAAAGGCAAACUGUCAAAGAAGCAUAAGGGAAGAAAGAAGUCAGCUUCUACUUCAAAUCAAUCUAAACAAGAAAGGAUAAAAUUUGAUGUUCUUUUGACAUCAUAUGAAAUGAUAAACUUUGAUACUGCAGUUUUAAAACCGAUCAAAUGGGAGUGCAUGAUAGUUGAUGAAGGUCACAGGCUUAAGAACAAAGAUUCAAAGCUUUUUCAGACAUUGACACAGUAUUCUGCGAAGCAUAGGGUUUUGUUAACAGGCACUCCACUUCAGAAUAACUUGGAUGAGCUCUUCAUGCUUAUGCACUUUCUGGAUGCUGGGAAGUUUGGCAGUUUGGAAGAAUUUCAACACGAAUUUAAAGAUAUUAGUCAGGAGGAACAAGUUGGGAGGUUGCAUAAGAUGUUAGCACCACAUCUCCUUCGAAGAGUAAAGAAAGAUGUGAUGAAGGAUUUACCGCCCAAAAAAGAACUCAUUCUACGUGUUGAAUUGAGUUCCAUGCAGAAAGAAUACUAUAAGGCCAUUCUUACUCGUAACUAUCAUAUACUUUCCCGCCGUGGUGGCCCACAGAUUUCCCUCAAUAAUGUAGUAAUGGAACUUCGGAAGAUUUGUGCACAUCCUUACAUGUUAGAAGGAGUGGAGCCACAAAUUAGCAAUGCACAUGAAGCUUACAGGCAGUUGUUGGAGGCUUCUGGUAAACUAUAUUUAUUAGACAAAAUGAUGGUUAAACUCAAAGAACAAGGGCAUAGAGUGCUGAUUUAUUCACAAUUUCAGCACAUGCUAGACAUAUUAGAAGAUUAUUUGAGUUAUAAGAAAUGGAGCUAUGAACGAAUUGAUGGAAGAGUAAAUGGGGUAGAGAGACAAAUAAGAAUUGAUCGGUUUAAUGCACCCAAUUCUGCAAGAUUCUGUUUUAUUCUUUCAACACGAGCUGGGGGACUGGGGAUUAACCUAGCAACUGCAGAUACUGUUAUAAUAUACGACAGUGAUUGGAAUCCACAUGCAGACUUGCAAGCAAUGGCUAGGGCUCACCGCCUGGGACAAAUAAAUAAGGUGAUGAUUUUUAGGCUUGUUAAUAGAGGAACCAUUGAUGAGCGAAUGAUGCAGUUAACCAAGAAGAAAAUGAUUCUUGAGCACCUUGUGGUUGGACGUUUGAAAACCCAAGUUCUUAAUCAGGAAGAGCUGGAUGACAUCUUACGUUAUGGAGCAAAAGAACUGUUCGCUGAUGAAAAUGAUGAGUCUGGGAAGGCAAGGCAAAUUCACUAUGAUGAUGCAGCUAUAGACAGAUUGCUUGACCGGUCCCUAGUUGUAAGUGAGGAGGCCGUGGCAGAUGAAGAAGAAGAGAAUGGUUUUCUAAAGGCUUUUAAGGUAGCAAAUUUUGAGUAUAUAGAUAAAGAGGAAGCUGAAGCAGCUAGGGCUGAAGAGGCAAGGAAACAAGCUGAAGCAGAUCGCAAAUUUGCAGAAGUAACUGCGGCUGAACGAGCCAAGUACUGGGACGAUUUGCUGAAAGACAAGUAUGUGGAACAGAAGGUUGAGACAUUCACAGAACUUGGAAAAGGAAAGCGCAGUCGGAAACAACUUGUGGCUACGGAAGAGGAUGAUCUGGCUGGAUUGGAAGAUGUUAGUUCAGAUGACGAUGAAGAGGAUCAGGAAGCUGACUGGAUGGAAGCAGAGCCACCUGUUUCAGGGAAAGGUCCGGCAGAUCCUUCUGCAAGAAAGCCUCAGUCUUCAAGAAAGCGAACAAGGGGAGACCCACCACCUCUUAUGGAACGUGACGGAAAAUCAUUUAGAGUUCUUGGAUUCAGUCAAAAUCAACGCACUACUUUUGUCCAGAUAUUAAUGAGGUUUGGUCUGGGUAAUUAUGAUUGGAGUGAGUUUAUUCCUCGAAUGAAGCAGAAAACUCCGGAGGAGAUUAAGGAAUAUGCAACUCUAUUUCUAUCUCAUAUUUCUGAGGAGAUAACUGAAUCCUCAACAUUUUCCGAUGGUGUACCAAAAGAAGGUCUACGGAUACAAGAUGUUCUUGUUCGUCUUGCACUUUUGCACCUCAUAGGAGACAAGGUAACAUUCUUGUCAGAGAAUCCAGGUGUGCCGUUGUUUUCCAAUGACAUUUACAGUAAAUUUCCUGGCUUAAAGAAAGAAAGAUAUUGGAAGGAGGAACAUGAUUGCAGACUGUUACAGGCUAUUUUAAAGCACGGAUUUGGUAGAUGGCAGGCAAUUGCAGAGGAUUAUGAUCUUCGUUUUCAGGAAGUUAUUAGAAUGGAGUUACAGUUACCAUUAGUGAAUUCAUCUGCUCUGGGGGCUUCAAUAAAAACAGAUGCAGGAGUGCCUCCUGCUGCAGUAAACAAAGAUCCCCAGUUACAGGAGUAUGGGGUAGAGGGUCAUGUCAAGCCACUUUCUGGAGUUAUUUCUGCUAAUGUUGCAAGUGAAAUUAGGCAAGAGACUGCAGCAUCAGCAAUUGAAAAAGGGAACCAACUAAAUCAAUCUGGUUUGAUUUCUUCAGAAAAUUCAAGAGAGGUGCAAAGGAGGCUUGUUGAGUUUAUAAGAAAGAGAGUAUCGCUUUUAGAAAAAGCUCUUAAUAUAGAGUACUAUAAGGAAUUAAUUGCAUCACAUAAGGAAUCUGAGACUGAAUUUGAAGAACCGGAGCAAGAACCUCUGCUAGCAGAUGUUCCAAGCCCUGUGAAUCAACAACAGACAGAGAUGCCUAGUUCCAAUUCGCCUCUCCUGUUGCCAAUAGGUCCAGAAGAGGUGUUAAGAUUUGCAUCAGACAAUGAGCCAAAUCGGUUGGAAAUAGCUCGACUUUACAAUGAGAUGUGUAAGGUGAUUAAUGAUAAUGAGCAAGAAUCAAUUCAAACAUAUACUGGGAACAAGUCAGCGGGACUUCGUUUAAGAAGAAAUCUUCGUCCUCUUGACAACUUCUGUGAAGAGGUUCGAAAGAUUCUCAAAGGCCAACAGAUAACUACAGAUGUUCCAGGUUUGAAUCAAUUGUCACCACCUUCCGAAAUUGGUGAUGAUGCUGAUGCUCGAUCAGAUGAUCCUGAGCAUGAUCCUGGUCCCGGGAUUGAGGUCAAUUCUGAUAGCAAGCAACAGUUUACUCAUGUGAAGGGGUCGCCAAAGAAAUCUGGUGUUCCUGCCCAGACAACAUCUCCAGUGCCAUCAGCCGUGUCCGUUCUUAGUCAGGGCUCUCAAACUGGACAAGAGAAGAAAGAUAAAGGCUCGCUGCUAACCUCUCCAAAAACAGAAAAUCAAGAUCCGGGAGUCAUUGUCCUUGAUGACUGAGCACUGGGAGCACCUGUCAGCAUUCAUUCAUCUAUUGUAGAACAUUUAAUCUAGCCGGCUAGCUUCAAUACCGUUCAUGCGCUUCUUUUUUGUCCUUAAACCUUUUGAGCCAUCUAAUCACAAAUUUUGAGCUUGGGUUUGCAACAAAACUUUAUCAAGACUUUGUCAAUUGAUUCUUAACUAUCCAUUUUUUCUUCCUGUAUAAAGCAUUAUAGAAACUGUCACGCUUCUAGCUGAUGAUUUAAGUUAGUUCAUUAAGCAUUCUUAAUAUUAUAUAAUGGCACGUGCCUGGUGAAUAGAAAGGUGUUGCCAAUCCAUUUUAACGUAUUAUGUGCUCAUCUGAGUAUGAAUGAAAAUUAUUGUUUCAGGAGAAUUUUUUUCCUUAAUAAAUUUCAUAUUUGGACAAAUUAUUUGUGGAUCAA